AUGACCUACGCGAGCAUCCUCCAGGGGCAGCUGCAGCACUGGCUUCGCGGAGACUUUCUGGGCCCGCUGAUGCGGAAGAUACGCGAUCUCACAGGUCAGGUGCAUUCAUCCCUGGUGGAGGUCGUCGGAGAGCUCGAAGCCGUGCGCGCCGGUGCCAAGGAGGACCUCAAGGUCCCUGAGUUGGAGGCCCGACGCCGGGAAGGAGACCGGAGGCAGAGAACGGGCAAAGAUCGCUCGGAGCUGAAGAUGGAGGAGUCCAUCCAGGCUAUCUUGCUCCAUUUGGAGAAGGAGAUGAUGCUUCUUGCCAACAUCAGUGCGCCCAGAGGAGAGCUGUCGCUGCUGCUGCGCGCGCAGCAGGACUUGUCGGCUCUGGCCGCAGCGAGGCCCUUCUCCUUUGACGACCUUUGCGGCAAAACUGUCCCACAGCCGGCGCCUGGUGGGCGGAAGAACUCCAAAUCCUCAGCUGCAGGGGAGCCGGAGCCGGUCUCCUACUUCCGGAUCCAGGAGGGCCUGGAGGCCCCGGUGCGCGCGGCGCGCUCACUCGUUCGCCUCGUGACCAUCCAGUGGAACACCUACAUCGCAAAGUGGGAGAGCCUCAUCCGGAGGUAUCAGGAAGCCCGAAACGGCUACCUCGAGUUCCAGCAGAAGUGCGCCGAAACAGCAAGGCAGAAGCUCCUCAAAGACCUUCGGGAGCGGCCUUAUCUCUUUCAGGAUUUGCUGGAGAAGUCGCAGGCCAAGUGGAGACAAGUGGAGAAAGAGUUCCACCAGGCUCACGUGCAGCCUAUUUGCGACCGCUACAGGGACCUGGCGAAUGGAGUCGCAGAUCUCUCCACCGAGCUUUUGCAGCAGAAGAAGACGACACACGCGAUGAAGCAGGACCAGGCGCUCAAUUUCGUGCAAUCCCUGGCUGAGGGGAGCAACGAGGAGCUGCUGGACAAGUAUCGCCAGGAGCUGCAGGCUGAAACACAACGAAGCGAGGAGCUCGAUCGGCAGAUUGCAGCGGAGAAGGAGCGGAACAGAAUCAUCUGGGAGCAGCAGAUGCGGCCCAUGCUCAGCAACGUGGCCCAGGCGUCCCGGCUUGUUCAAGACCUGGACGGGGAGGAGGCGGUGGUAGCCCGCACGUCCCUGUCGGUGGAGCAGGUCGUUCGAUCCGAGCAGCUUGUCGAGGUGAUGAGUUUUGCAGAUCGCGCCCUUCGCAGCCGCGGGUACCAGGCUGCCUUGGCCCCCCGGAAGCUCCUUCGGCUCAUUGAAGCGCUGCUGUGGCCAGAUGGUGCUUGGAAGGACCCGGAGGAAGAAGCAAGGAAAGCCGCCGAGAAGACUGCCCGCAAGGCCCAAAGGGGCUUCUGUGGCCAGCGUCCCCGUCACGAGCAGUCCCAGUCUCAAGCGCGGCCAGCAGCCGAAGCCAGAGGCACCCAGCGCACGCCCGACGAGCGGGCAGCGAGCUGA